AGCUAACUGAGGACUAAGCUGACUUGGAGACCAGUUCUCUAAACCUGGUGAGCUCAGCCCCCACCAAAGUAGAAUCCAGAGGGCGGGCUGCCUGGAGGAAUCUGGGCUGAUAGAGCAUCGGUUGGAGGUCUAGGAGGGUUUUGGCAGUGAGGAGGAAUGGGGAAUGAGCAAGAUCAAGUAGUGGAACAAGAGAAGGAAGGAUGGACUGGAAAGAUUCUUGGCAGGAGGCACUAACGGCCCCAAGAUGAGUUGCAAGUGUGUGCAGGGGAGCCUGAGGGUGAGGGGGAGCCCAGGGCCAAGCCUGGGUGUUCCUCCUGAGGCUGUGGCCUUUGUGGGAAAAGGCAACAUUGGAGAAACCUACACACAGAGGCAGUAUUCCCAGGAAGUAGGGUUCAGAAGGCUUCAAAAGCAGAAACCAAGAGCUGAACAAUGUCCAUUAAGCUCAGUGACAAGGGGUCACUGAUGACGUUGUGAAUAGAGAGGCAGGAACAUGGUGGGACAGAAAUCAGACGGGAGUGGAUGACUUGGGAAGGAAGUGAAUUGUGGAGUAUAGACCAUGCAUUCAAAAAGGGGAGAGACUGCUACCUCAAGACCAUGAUUGGGUUGGAUGAAGAUGGGACAGGCGACAGUUCCAGGAGGAGGUUGGUGAACUCAGGCCAGAGAGGAGAGUUGUGAAGAUGCAGUCACGGGUAUACAGCAGGCUGGUGUGGCCCAGUGGGGUUUCCUCUCAUCUCCCAGGCUUCAGACUUGGGGGAAGACUUGAGAAGGCAGGAAGCUGGACUGAGACAGGGUUGAGCCUUGCUGGUCAGUACUGGCGGGACAAAGAGAUGAGACAAAAUCACAAAAGUGACUGAAGUAAAGUGUGGGUCACAGAUGGACACAAAGAAGCAGAGACUUAGGGACCAUGACAAAGAGGUAGGGCUCUGGGGGUUGCAUGCCAUCAAAGAACAGUUACAGCAAGGGCAGUGUGCAGUCCCGGAACUGCACUGGUUUAGGUACAGACUCACAGUUACAGCAGGGCAGUGUGCAGUCCCGGAACUGCACUGGCUUAGGUACAGACCGUUAUAGUUACAGCAGGGCAGUGUGCAGUCCCGGAACUGCACUGGCUUAGGUACAGACUCACAGUUAGUUACAGCAGGGCAGUGUGCAGUCCCGGAACUGCACUGUACAGACUCACAGUUACAGCAGGGCAGUGUGCAGUCCCAGAACUGCACUGGCUUAGGUACAGACUCACAGUUACAGUGAGGGCAGUGUGCAGUCCCAGAACUGCACUGGCUUAGGUUCAGACAGUUACAGUUACAGCAGGGCAGUGUGCAGUCCCAGAACUGCACUGGCUUAGGUACAGACUCACAGUUACAGUGAGGGCAGUGUGCAGUCCCGGAACUGCACUGGCUUAGGUACAGACAGUUACAGUUACAGCAGGGAGUGUACAGUCCCGGAUCAGCACUGCUUAGGUACAGACUCACAGUUACAGCAGGGCAGUGUGCAGUCCUGGAACUGCACUGGCUUAGGUACAGACAGUUACAGUUACAGUGAGGGCAGUGUGCAGUCCCGGAACUGCACUGGCUUAGGUACAGACAGUUACAGUUACAGCAGGUCAGUGUGCAGUCCCGGAACUGCGUUGGUUUAGGUACAGACUGAGGAGACAGAACCUAGACUUUAGACCUGGCUCUACCAUGUGUUACCACCAGGUUUAUGUCCUUAAAUAAUUAAUUUAACCUGAAUCUGUAUUUCCUUAUUUGUCAAAAAGGGAUGAUAAUAUGUUUACUUCUUAGGAUUGUCAUGGAAUUAAAUGAAUUAAUAUAUAUUAAGGGCUUAUAUCACUGUCCAUUUUCCAUUGCUAUACAGAAUACCUAAGACUGUAUCUUACAGUAACUUAUGCUGUUCUGGAAACUGGGAAGUUCAAGAGAAGGGUGAUGGCCUACAGUCCCUAAUCACUUUUUUUUCUUAUUGAGAUGGAGUCUCACUGUGUAUACCAAGCUGGCCCCUGCCUCCUGAGUACUGGGAUUAAAGGCAACUUGCCCAACUCCUAAUCACUUUUUAAAGCGAUGGGCCUUACAUCCCAGCCCCACCACUAAGAAAUCUGAUUUCUUCAUGAGUUUGGGAGGGACAAGCCAUACCGGAACCAUAACAGCUUGGAACAUUGUUGAGCACACAGACCACCACGAGCUUGCCCUGACAUGUGUGCUAUUCUGGGCGGGCAGCCAGACAGAGCUUGAGGCGUGCAGGGCGUGAGCGUGCAGAUGCCGCAAGCAAAGAAGAAAAGCACAGCGCCCCUGACCCCAGCGCCCCCGGGCCGUGUCCAAGGCCGACUGCGGAGCCUGCUGUCUCCCGCGCUGUGCUGUGCCUGUGGCUUGUGCGUGCUGCUGGCCGGCCUGAACGUGACCCUGGUGGGAGCUUUCGCAGCCUCCCUGCCUGGGCACAAUGCGCCACUGGUGGUGGGGCCGGCGCUGCUUGUGCUGGCGCUUGGAUUCUUCGCUGCCUGCUGCGUCUGCAGCCGCCGGAGGCCAGUGUCCCGCACGCGUUCCUCAGCCACCGCGGGCCAGGGUGGCAGGCACGCAGGGACCGUGGCACUGGAAAUGGAGAGCAGCGAGCGCACAGCGCAAGACACGACCGCAGUGCAGCUCAGUCCUGCCGCCUCGGCCGCAUCCUCUGGCCACUCCAGCCCAGGGCCCGGUGGUCUCUUCGCCCUGGAUCCUCCCGUGCCAGCAACCUCGGCCGGCUACUUGCCGCACACCGAAGGGACCCAGCUCAACUUCCCUAGGGACCUGGUUGCCUCGUAGUGGGCCAAGAGAAGUGGGGAGAGGUAAUGCCAAGGACUGAGCAUAAGUGGCCUCAUCUGUCCCAUCUCUAGAACUUCCAAAAGGGAAAGUGUAGUGAUGGCAUUGGCUCUCAAACCCCUAAGAAGGCAGCAGACUUUGACCUUUUAGUUGGGGGUCUCUAAGCUCUACUUCAUCCUCCCUUCUCCUCUCCACAUUGAUCUGGUACCCUGUCCCUCCCCAUGGUGUUUGAGCACUGUGGAGGAAGCCUCCUCCAACUGAGAGGAUCUAGUCAGGACCUCGGGGUGGAAAGAGGGGUGAAGGAUGAACUAGCUAUACCAGACCCUGUGCACUCUGACCGGCAUCUAGCCCUUCUUUCUGCCCUUUAGGUUUGAUUGGGGAACAAAGGCUCUGACUCCAGGAUGGUCCCUGGGAAAAUCUGGAUGGCACAUACCUACCCAAAGGUCAGGAGACAAAGGGACAAAGGUCAGGAGAGCUGAGGCUGGGGUCCUCAGUGGUGGGGAGGCUUUCCAAUCCUGAAGGGCCCAAUGUGAUUUUCACUGCCAGCAACACCCGUCACCAAGGCUGUGCCACACUGUGCGUUCUAGCUGUGCCUCGCUCCUCAAUAAAGCACCUUCUGAGUCAGUACUCUGUGGUGCGCAGGUGGAGGGAGGUGUUGACUGGGGCCCUCUGAGUGCCUGGGAAGAUUCUGUGACUCUGAGCCAGCCUCUCCUCUCAUUUAAGGGAUCCAGUGCUGGCCCACCAUCUCUUGACAGUGGUAACUCCUUGCCCGUCCACUCUGGGCUUCAUAAGCCUUCUUUCUCUUUCCAUGGUGGGCUCUGAUGCUCUUCUGCCAUGGACCAGGUACUUCCCAACA